UAGUAAAGUGCAGCUUAGUGUGACGGAGACAGUGAAAACAAAUUGUUCCCGCGAUGCAAUCGAGUUUCGUAUGGCUAGUUGCUUUGAUGGCAGUUGGGGUUUCUCUGGCCUUGCCCGCUGGGGAGGAUGCCCAGGCGGAGACCCUCAAACUGGAGAGCGAGAACACCGGCGACAAAUAUUCCUUUGCCUAUGAGACGAGCAAUGGGAUCUCGCGCACGGAGACUGGCGAGGUGAAGCCAGGUGCCGGCGAAGAGGACGGCUCCCUUUCUGUCCAGGGCUCCACCAGCUGGUCAGCUCCAGAUGGCAAGAAGUACGAGAUUAGCUUCACGGCCGACGAGACUGGUUACCAUCCCAAGUUCAGGCUGGUGGCCUAGCCUAUGUCUGGAAUUCCAAUUCAGCUGAAUAUUCCCAAUUAAUUUGCUUUAGUUAUCCAAUGUAAAAGCAUAAAAAAAUUUUAGGAAUAAAAUAUAAUAAAUUUAAAAACCUUAAGGAAGCUA